CUCCCGCCGCAGUCGGUCUCGUUGGUUAAAUUUAUGGUCAAAGUUGAACCUCGGGAAGCGCAGGCGCACUAUAUUUUGGAAUGAAGGGAGUAUGAAAAGCUUCAUCAAACAUAUGUUGAUUUGGUUUCCACACAGUUGACAAGUUCAGAUUUACUCCCUCCGUCCCAUAAUAUAUAAGAGCGUUUUUGACACUAGCAGAAAUAGUUGCCCAUUGUUGAAGAACAGAGUUCAGAGAUACCCACGGCACGGAAGACAUAAUCUGCAGUUCUAAAGUUCAGAGUUAUACCAGUGCAGGCUCAGACUUGUCAAGCAUGACGGAGAUACCCCUUCUGCUUGCCUUAAAUAACUUUUGCUGACUGGAGCACAUCAUUUCCUGGCUAACAGGGAAGAGCCGUGAGCGGUAGACCACAUGACGAGCCCGCAGAGACCUGCUGACUUGUACUCCUGGUGUGACACCAUGUUGCCACUAUGUUUGCGGCUCCGAAUCAUCAGGUGCGACCGUGUGAUCUUGUUGUUUACUCUGCUAGUUCAUCCCCAGUUUCUUGGUGGCUUAUCAUAAACCAAGAAUGAACUGAUUAUUCUUGAUUACAGACUAUGUUUCCGACAGGCAGAAUGGGUCCUGCCAAUAUCUUCCUCCUGGUAAUUGCAACUGCGGCACCACUUCUCUUCACGGCGCACCCCUUGAGCUAUUCCAUAGCCAAACCAUCAACGUCGUGGAUCAACCAAACCCCCUCCAAGGUCCAAUUCAAAAUACAACUCCAUACAAUGGUCACCAGUUCCGUACAAAUACAACAAGCACUUUACCUAGACUACAUGUCUGCCUUUGCCGUGGGGUUCGUUUGUGCCUCCACCACCACAUGCGACGUGUCUCUCUUUGCUGUCUUCAUUGUUUACUUUGACUAUGAUGGCACAGUGGACCAGGGUCAUCCAAUGCAGGUGGUAUGGUCUGCCAACAGGAAUCAUCCUGUUAGGGAGAAUGCCACCCUUGAGUUCAGUACUGAUGGAAACUUGGUCCUCCGUGAUGCUGACGGUAGCCACGUCUGGUCAAGCAACAGCUCAGGCCGAUCUGUAGCUGGCAUGUUGAUCACCGAGAUCGGCAAUCUGGUGCUAUUUGAUAACAAGAAUGCAACUGUGUGGCAGUCAUUUCAUCAUCCUACUGACACAUUGGUCCUUGGACAAUCACUUCUGGAAGGUAUGAGGCUCACAGCAAGUACUUCUGCAACAAAUACAACUGAGAAUCAGCUCUAUAUCACUGUAGGCCCAGAUGGAUUAUAUGCUUACGCUCAAUCCACACCACCACAACUCUACUAUUAUUCGUCAUGGGUGCCCAACGACAAGAAAGGAAACGGUUCAAUGAAUGUUACAUUCAUGAAUGGAAGCCUUAGCAUCUUUGUGCAUCCAAACAAAUACUUUUCGCAAAUCUCACUGCAAGCAGCAGAAUCUACUACCCAGUGCCUGAGAUUAGAUCCAGAUGGGCACAUGAGGUUGUAUGAAUGGUCUAAUGUAGUGCUAGUGCAUGAUAUAAUGGCAUUGGAUGAUUGUGAUUACCCAACAGUAUGCGGGGAAUACGGCAUAUGCACAGAGGGCGAGUGCGCUUGUCCAGUUGAGAAUAAUUAUGGUUCAAGCUACUUCAAGCCUGUUGACGAUCGGAAGCUAAAUCUUGGUUGCACGCCAAUGAUUCCAAUAUCUUGUGAAGAAAUUCAACACCACCGGCUUUUCACACUUGCUGACAUUUCUUAUUUUGAUAACAACUGCACGGUUGUGAAUGCAAUAAACGAAGAUGAUUGUAAGCAAGCCUGCUUGAAGAACUGUUCCUGUAGGGCCGUCAUGUUCAGCUAUUAUGACCAGUUGGGUCAUGGCCUAUGUAUCUGGAUGACAAAGAUAUUCUCCUUCCGCUCAAUACAACAAGCAGAAUUAGAUGCAACAACCUUUAGUAACAACUCUUUUGCUUACCUCAAGGUGCAGGUUAGCCCCUCGAAUUCAAACAAAAAAAAGGUGAUGUUAGGUGCUGCACUUGGAGCUAUUGCUACUCUUGUAUUAUUAGUUAUUCUUGUCGCUCUUUAUCUACAAAGAAAGAGGAAGUAUGAAUACAAAGAUGAUGAAACUGAUUUUGGUCAAUUACCUGGAAUGCCAACAAGGUUUUCGCUUGAGCAGUUGGGUGAAUGUACUGAAGGAUUCGGUAAGAAACUCGGAGAAGGUGGGUUUGGUUCAGUCUUUGAAGGGAAAUUAGGUGAAGAAAGAGUUGCAGUGAAACGUUUGGAAGGUGCUAGACAAGGAAAGAAAGAAUUCUUGGCAGAGGUCGAGACCAUUGGAAGCAUUGAACACAUCAAUCUUGUCAAACUGAUUGGAUUUUGUGCAGAGAAGUCGGAAAGGCUUCUAGUAUAUGAAUAUAUGUCAAGUGGGUCGCUUGAUAGGUGGAUCUAUUACCGUCAUAACAACAACGCUCUUGAUUGGCGCACUCGUUGUAGGAUCAUAUUGGAUAUUGCCAAGGGCCUGUGUUAUCUUCAUGAGGAGUGCAGGAGAAAAAUUGCUCAUCUGGACAUCAAACCACAAAAUAUUCUCUUGGAUGAGAACUUCAAUGCCAAAGUAGGCGAUUUUGGACUAUGUAAGUUAAUAAAUAGGGAUCAAAGCAAGGUAGUGACUAUGAUGAGAGGAACACCCGGAUAUCUUGCACCUGAAUGGUUGACGUCACGGAUCACUGAAAAAGUGGAUGUCUACAGCUUUGGAGUUGUUGUGAUGGAAAUAUUAAGUGGGAGAAAAAAUAUUGACCAUUCUCAGGCUGAGGAGGAAGUUCAGCUCAUAAAUAUAUUGCGAGAAAAAGAACGAAACAAUCGAUUGAUUGAUCUGAUCGACAAACAUAGUGACGAUAUGGUGUCACACCAUGAGGAAGUGAUUCAAAUGAUGAAGCUCGCAAUAUGGUGCCUGCAAAAUGACAGCAGACGAAGGCCUUCAAUGUCAACAGUGAUCAAGGUAUUGGAUGGUGCAGUGACCAUAGAAACUUUUGAUGCAAAUUCAAUCAUGUUUGUUCAAGAUAAUCCAUCCACAUAUUCAGGUCCAUCUCAAGCAUCCAUAUUAUCAGGCCCAAGGUGAAACGGGUGGAUAAUGAAAUUAAUUUCUAUGUUUUUGUUUUUGCUUUUGCAUAUUUGUAUUUUAUAUACUCUGGAAUUAUGUUUGGAUAUCUUAAAUUGUAAC